AUGCCAACUCAAGCUGACAACACUGAAGAAGGCAUAGAGUUCACAGAGACCUUCAGUCCAGUCGUCAAGCCUGCAUCAAUUCGAACCGUUCUUCAUGUCGCUCUCACCAACAACUGGCCAAUCAAUCAAUAUGAUGUUCAAAACGCAUUCUUGCACGGGAACUUGGAGGAAACCGUCUAUAUGUUUCAACCAUCCGGCUACGUUGACAAAUCAAAACCAGAUCACGUAUGCAGACUCAACUGCUCCAUCUAUGGUCUCCGACAAGCUCCUCGGGCCUGGAAUCAACGGUUUGUUGAGUUCAUCACGAAACAAGGCUUCAAGCAGAGCAAGAGUGAUGCAAGCUUGUUCAUCUACAUGAAGAACAAUGAACGUGCGUAUCUUCUACUAUACGUCGAUGAUAUCAUCUUAACUGCUUCUUCCUCUUCACUCCGUCAGGCUGUUACCGAUGCUCUAAAGUCAGAGUUCCCAAUCACUGAUGAAGGUCAAAUAAACUCUUUCUUAGGGAUCUCAGCUUUGUUCAAUGAUAAGGGUUUGUUCCUGAAUCAAACUCGUUAUGCUGAGGAGAUCAUUGAACGCACAAACAUGAAAGAUUGUAAACCGUGUGCAACGCCAGUGGAUUUGAAAUCUAAACUUUCGGACAAGGAAGGCAAACCAGUCUCCAAUUCAACUGAUUAUCGGAGCUUGGCAGGAGCAUUGCAGUAUCUCACCUUCACAAGGCCAGAUAUAGAUUAUGCGGUACAAAAAAUUUGCUUGUUCAUGCAUGAUCCUCGAGAGCCUCAUUUACAAGCUCUAAAACGUAUAAUACGUUAUAUCCAAGGCACGAAACAGAAGGGGUUACAGCUCCUGAAGUCUCAAGUCAUGAAGCUUACUGUCUACUCGGACGCCGAUUGGGCGGGUUGUCCGUCUACCAGAAGAUCAACAUCAGGGUUUUGUGUCUACAUGGGUGACAAUCUUGUUUCCUGGUCUGCGAAAAGACAACCAACAGUCUCCAGGUCUAGUGCAGAGGCUGAAUACAAAAGUGCCGAUUGGGCGGGUUGUCCGUCUACCAGAAGAUCAACAUCAGGGUUUUGUGUUUACAUGGGUGACAAUCUUGUUUCCUGA